AUGGGCUCCCGGCAUUUCCCAGCCCGGACAGUGCUAUUUGAGAAGGAGUCAAAUGGAGUGACAUAUCGUGUCCCAGCCCUGCUUUACCUACCUUGUGUGGCCAAGCUGCUCGCCUUUGCAGAGGAACGAUUAAGCGCAGAUGAUGCCCACGCCAACCUGCUGGUGCUGCGACAGGGGACCAUCUACAGGAACUACGUGGAGUGGGAAGACAUGAGAGUGCUUGAGACUGCAACCUUGAAGCACCACCGAUCCAUGAACCCCUGCCCAGUCUACGAUGAGUUCACGGGCACUCUCUUCCUCUUUUUCAUCACGGUGCUGGGAAAGACACCAGAAGCUUACCAGAUCAUCACUGGCCAGAACGUCACCCGCCUCUGCUACGUCACCAGCUCUGACCAAGGCCUGAGCUGGAGCAAGGUCACGGACUUGACACAGCAGGUCAUCGGUAGAGCCAUCAAAGACUGGGCCACAUUUGCCCUGGGCCCUGGGCAUGGGAUCCAGCUCCGUUCUGGCCGGCUGCUUGUACCUGCCUACAGCUACCAUAUUGACUGCAAGGAGUGCUUUGGGAAGCUCUGCAAAACCACCCCACACUCCUUUACAUUCUUCAGUGAUGACCAUGGCCGCAGCUGGCGCUUUGGGGAGUUCAUCCCCAACCUGCAGACGGGUGAGUGCCAGCUGGUCUCUGUGGAUGAGGAGGAUGGCUCAAACGUCCUUUACUGCAAUGCUCGGAGCCCCUUGGGUUUCCGAGUUCAGGCACUGAGCACUGAUGAUGGGGCUGUCUUCCAUGUUGGCCAGCUGGUCCAACGGCUAGUUGAACCCCCACAUGGCUGUCAUGGCAGCAUUGUUGGCUUCCCUGCACCUUUUGUUUAUAUUCCCACUGCUUCCCGGACUGCAACAGCAUCUCUCCAAGGCCUAGGUUGCUUGCUGCUCUCCAGGAAGUUCUCAAGAUUUUGUUACCUUCCUACUUGGGAAGCAGCUCGUGGAAACAUACCCACCACAGCUUUGGGUAGCCAUCCUGCAUGCAGCCAAAUGCAAGCAGGGUCCAAGGAGGUCUGUCCUUCUGGAGAGUAUCACAGCGAUGCCCAUGAUGUAACCUUCUUGGACAAAGAUGUAGGACAGUGUGAUCCCAAAGCUACCUCCAAACCCUCUGUCUUCUUUCAAACACCAACAUGGGUGCUCUAUUCCCACCCCACAAGCUCCAUGUCACGGGUCAACAUGGGGAUUCAUCUUAGUACGUUCCCCAGGGAUGCUGAGAGCUGGACUGAACCAUGGGUUAUAUAUGAAGGCCCAAGUGCUUAUUCAGAUCUGGCCUAUAUUGAGCUGCCUUACUCUGAGUACUCUGCUUCUGGCACACCAGCCAUUGCCUUUGCCUGUCUGUAUGAGAAUGGGACACGGUCCCCUUAUGAGCAGAUCUCCUUCAGCAUGUUCACACUGCACGACGUUCUCCAGAACAUCCCCUUGAAAUCCAAGGCACUGGGACGGAAGAAUGUGCCACUGAGUCACAGCAAGAGGAAGGGAAGGAGCUGCCCUGUCUCCUAG